AUGGCGGCGACACCGGUCUUUCACUCCAGCUUCUCCAUUCGCUCGCUGCUAUCUGGUGACGCGAAGGUGGAGUGCCCGCAUCCGAGUCCGAAUCUUAAUCCGCAUCCGAAUCCGAAUCCGAUAGACAGCUGCUCCGGAAAGAGCUCUGAGGACGAGGUAGCCGUGAAGAGCUGCCAAGAGAGCAAGCCGGCCUUCACCUACAGCGCCCUCAUAGUAAUGGCCAUCUGGAGCAGCGCCGAGAAGCGGUUGACGCUGAGCGGUAUCUGCAAGUGGAUCGCGGACAACUUCCCCUACUACCGCAGCCGCAAGAGCGUCUGGCAGAACUCGAUCCGGCACAACCUGAGCCUCAACCCCUUCUUUGUGCGGGUGCCGCGGGCCCUCGAUGAUCCCGGUCGGGGUCACUACUGGGCACUGGACCCCUACGCCGAGGACCUCUCCAUUGGCGAGACGACGGGACGGCUGCGUCGCAGCAACUGGCCCCAGAAUAAGAAUCAGAAUCAGAUUCAGAUUCAGAAUCAGAACCAGACCGGAAGAGCCAAGGCCAUGGGACAUCAUCAUCCCUACCAGCGAAUGCCGCACUUCGAUUACGUAAGGCCGCAAGCUGCGGCCUACUUCCCCAUGGCCAACCAUCAGCACCAUGCCGCAAUGAUGCAGCACUACCAUGCCGCUUUGGUGCAUAGUCACCAGCUGAUGCAACACCAUCCACAACUGUUCCAUCAGCAGAAGCAACUCAAUCACCAUCACCAUCGCCAUCUCCAUCUGCGGGAACAACAACAACAUCAGCCACUGCGUCACCAAAUCUAUCAGUACCAGCAAGAGUAA